AGUCAACAAUUGAUCGUAAAUUUUCUUCCUGUGCAAUCAUCAGUCUGUUAUUGAGGAAGAUAUUUGGAGUUCUAAAGAGAAGAAAGUGACGAAAACCUUCGUGUUUUUUCAGCGAAAUCCUAUUCUCGAUUUCAUCUAAAAUAUUCUUCGUUCAAAAAUGUGCUCCUUGAUCUUUUUCCCCUCGUUAAAUCCUGAUUCCUGAUGUUUAAUUUCUGCCACCGAGUGCAGACCGUUACCGGAAUCCCGCCGCGAAUGAAGCUCCCCUGGUCUUCUCGUCCAGUUGUUGGUGCAAAGUUCGAUCCCUUAUCUCCCCCAGAUUCCGAGAAAGAUACAUUCUUGGAAACCCUAGUUGGACCCUAACUCUAGCCAUAAACCUAACCCUAAUUCUACAUCCCCGUUCGGAAACGACCACCGUUUCGGCAAGCAAGGCGUGGGGAUUCGUCCGUUCCGUAUCUCCAUCAAGUCAUCUCUAUCUAUCUUGGUGUCGAAGGGACCGCUCUGUGCAAUAAAUAUGGGGUAUUGAAUGCCCCAACCUGCCUCCUCUUUGUGGUAGAGUAGCUCUUGUGGGGAGCCCUUGGAGGAAAUGUAUCAUAAAUACCCUCUUCUAUUUGACUUUAAGUCAUGAUGACAGCCGCCCCACCUUCUAUGGCUGUGUUGUUUAAUCCCACCAUCUCCCCACCACCACCACCACCACCCCCCUCAUCGCUACUUCUUUUUUCUAGACACCACUUAACCUUAAAGUCAGGUUUAAACCCUUAGCCAUGUUUAAAAUAAUGAUAAAAAAGACAAGGUCCUUUUUUUAUUUCUUUUAAAAAUCCUCUUUUACUUUUAGUAGAUCCAAGGUUUCGGUUUUUGCGGGGAAUCGUAAGGAGAUGGAAAGGAUUCAGAUUUGGAUUACCGUGCUGACGAUGGUGAGCAAAAGCAUAUAUGUCUGACAUAGCUGCAAUUCGAUCUUAGGAAGUAUCAUGAACUUUGACCCGUCCAAGUGGGCUGUUUUGCUGAUGGCUGGUUUGAUUUGAGACAUGUUAAAUCUCCAAACUAGAUGAUGAAUUAGUUAGCCUAUCAUCAAAACUCUACCAGUAAUGAACUUGCACUGAGACUCAUGAGGGACAGUCACAACCAAUUGAAUAUGAUUAUGCUUGAAAAUGUGGCUGCACAAGAAGAAAGCCAGGAUCAUGUAGCAAACACACUAAAAAGGGGAAGACAAGUUACAGUUCCACCAGAUUGUGAAACUGAAGAUUUAGCUAGUGUCUUACAUGAUGAAAAUAAAUGUACAGAAGCUCCAUAUAAUGUUCUCAAAAUGAUUGGAACAGUUGAAACUGACACAUUGUCGAUUUCAGACAAAACUGUUACACAAAUUAAAGUUCAGGACAAUGACUGUCAAGUCAUCAAAGACAUAUGUGUGGAUGAUGGUUUACAUGCUUUUGAGAAAAUAUUGUUGAAAAAUGCUGCAGUUAGCGAGAACAUACCUUCUGGCUUCAAAACUUAUGCAACAAAUGCAAACGAUAACUGGAAUCAGCAGAUGACACAUGGUACUGCACUAGUUGUGGAAGGUUUGAAAUAUACUGAUGCUGCUGAUGAUGAUAAGGACCAAAAGUCUUCCUGGGGCUUGUUUGAAUCUAAACAAAAGUUGGAUGAAGGCAACCAGCUCGCAAGUAAAACCUCCGAGAAGAUCACUUUGCAGCAUUUGUUUUCACUGGGAGAGUUGGACACACUUGCCCACCACAUGGUUUUAACCAGUUAUGGUAGCAUCAGUAGUACUAAACCAAGUUUUGGUCAGAUGAAUAUCGAACAGGUCACACUUGAAGAGGAGCAUUCUGAGAAUUUGCAAUGUGAUUCUAGCAUGACUUAUGAAAGUAUUAUGAUUUUGGAAAAUCCGAAUGAUGACCUGUCAGAGGGUAAUUUGGAAAAGAAGUGCUCUGCUGCUACAAAUGAUCCAUUGGAUGUCACAUUCUCCGACCGAAAUGGUGAUAGCAUGGAAAAACUUCCUAAUGCUCAGCUGGAAGGAGUCUGUAAUUCUGACUUCAAUUCUGUAGCAGCAGCAGCAGCAGCAGCGAUAAGUGGCACUGAAAAGAACAACAAAAAUGCAGAUGAUAAACAAUUAGUAAAUGCUCUUUAUAACCGGAGUAAUGAAGAGAUGGUUUUUGAUGCAACAACAGCUUCUGCUCAAAGUUCAUUUUAUCCCAAUAAUCAUGGGGACUUGCAUUUUUCUGGUCCUUCUUAUUUGUCAGGCCCAAAAGUGUCGUCAGGACAUAUUGCAUAUUCUGGUAGUAUAUCUCUUCGAUCUGAGAGCAGUACCACCAGCACUCAUUCAUUUGCCUUCCCAAUAUUACAAGCAGAGUGGAAUACCAGCCCCAUAAGGAUGGUCAAAGCUGAUCGGAGACAUUUAAGGAAAUACCGGUGGAGAACAGGUCUCUUUUGCUGUAAAUUUUGAAGAUGUCUAUUACCGCCUCUCAUGAGCCAUCAUGCAUCAUCAUCAACACUAGGCCUCCAUGUUUAUUCCUGCUCUUUCCUCUGCCCUGCUUGCUUGUUUAAACUACGGCCAUCCCGCAGGAUCCGUGGCAUUGGAUUGUGGCUUGAGUAGAAAGCAGAGAUGUAGGCUAUUCUUAUUCUUGCUUACAUGCCAUGGUUUGUCAAGGAAAGAAUACAUCUGUGGAAGCUUGAAUCUUGUUUCUUAGUUUCUUCCUUCUCUUGGUUGAAUUUAAAGGCCUUGAUGCA